UCUACGCACUUCUUAACUUGAAAGAGUUUCUUUAGGGCUUUGUUUGUGUUUCCUUAAAGAACCAAUGGCUCUUAAGAACUCUCUUGCGCUCUUCCUUCUCUUCAACAUCCUUUUCUUCACUCUCACUACAGCCACUCGCAGUACUGGCUGUCCUCCUCCACCACGAAAACACAACAAACAUAAACCUAGUACCCCACCAACCACACCAACCUCUGCCGGGACUUGCCCUAAAGAUGCCUUAAAGCUCGGUGUUUGUGUUAACGCACUAAACUUGUUGAAAGAUGUGACUCUCGGAACUCCUCCUGUGACUCCAUGUUGCAGCCUUAUCGAGGGUUUGGUCGAUCUUGAAGCUGCGGUUUGUCUUUGCACUGCCCUCAAGGCUAGUGUUCUCGGCAUCAACCUUUACCUUCCCAUAAACCUUAGCUUGCUUCUCAACGUUUGCAGCAGAAAGGCACCACGCGGCUUCCAAUGCCCUUAAAAAUCAUCAAUACACUCGAUAUAUAAGUUACGAACCAUGCAUGGAAAUCUUGAAUCUUUGAUCGUUAUGUUAUAUUUUGUGCUCGUUUAUUUGAAUUGGUGAAGUUCAUGAAGAACAACAAUGAGUUUAUGUU